GGAACAGUUAGCUUCUUGAAAAUAUGACAUACUACGCAAACAAAGGCGAGAAACCUACUAUUGGGAAAUUCCUUUCCUUUGACCAUACCACCUUCUAUGUUGGCAAUGCCAAACAGGCAGCUGAUUAUACUCUACAAGAAUGGGAUUCAAGAAGUUUGCUUAUUCUGGACUUGAAACUGGAUCUAGAAAUGUCGUCUCGUGGAUCGUGAAACAAAAUGAUAUUUACUUCAUCUUCAAGUCUGCUCUUUUGCCUGGAAACCCAGGUUUUGCCCCGAAACGGCGCUCUGCUCGCCUCUCGAAGAUGCGUAAGAUCGAUACUGAACAACAAAACGGUGUCGAUCACGCUUACAAUUCCAUGAUGGAGCACGGACCACAUCUUGUUAAACACGGUGAUGCUGUUAAAGACGUUGCGUUUUCUGUUGACGACUGCCGUGGUCUCUACAAAAGAGCCCUGGACAAUGGAGCUAAGAGUGUACGGGAACCCUGGACUGAGUCAGAUGAUAACGGAACUAUCACCUUCGCUUGUGUCCAAACGUACGGAGACACAACUCACACCUUUGUGGAGCGAGGUGGCUGGACGGGGGAGAACUUCCUACCCGGAUACCAACUAGUCGACGAAGUGGAUCCCAUCCAGGCACUCUUGCCGGAGAUUGGUCUGCAGUUCGUGGACCACCUGGUAGGUAACCAGCCUGAUCUAGCCAUGGAGGACGCCGCUAAGUGGUACGAGAAUAUGCUCCAGUUUCACCGUUUCUGGAGUGUGGACGAUUCUCAGAUUCAUACAGAGUACAGCAGUUUGAGAUCUAUUGUUAUUACCAACUACGAAGAAACUAUCAAGAUGCCGAUCAAUGAACCUGCUCCCGGCAAAAGGAAGAGUCAGAUUCAGGAAUAUGUUGACUAUAACGGUGGGGCGGGAGUGCAGCACAUUGCACUGAGAAGUAUGGAUAUUAUCAAGGACAUUACCAACCUGAAGGCUAGGGGCCAACAAUUCCUUACCAUCCCUAAAACUUACUACACUGUUCUCCGGGAAAAUCUGAAGAAAAGCAAAGUCUGCAUUGCUGAGGACAUGGCCAUUCUGGAGAAGUUGAACAUACUGAUCGACUACGAUGAUAACGGUUACCUACUCCAAAUCUUCACAAAGCCCAUGCAGGACCGCCCAACAUUGUUCCUGGAAGUUAUCCAGCGUCACAACCACAGUGGAUUUGGGGCCGGAAACUUCAAAACACUCUUCACAGCAAUAGAGAUAGCUCAGAACGAACGUGGAAACUUGGUGUAAGAGAACUUAGCACUUCAACAGUUGAAUCGGACUUUAUUCAACUGAUAAAAAAUCAACUAAAUAUUUCGUUUUUCACUUAAAUUAAAAUAGAAUAGGAAACUGAUAUUAUAUUGUAUGACGAAUAAUCCAGUGGCCCUGGAGUUCUGUGCAACUUGCCUUCAUAGAAAUUAAAUUAACUGUAGCUGCGUAGUAUUUUAUUUAUAAAGUUCCAGAUAACAAUUUUGUUAUAUAGUAUAGUAUUUAUUGUAUAGGUCAUUGUGUAUGUUUUUAUGUAAUUAAAUAGAAGUUUCAGUUUCCGUUAGUAUGUUUAGUUAAGUUUUUGAAAGCUUUUUAAAUCCCUGUUAUUUAGUGUUUGAUAUGAUUACUAUGCGCUGCUUGUGAGUGUUCGACGAAUAAUGUGGUUUCCUAUG